CGAAUUUUCUCUGGCCCGACCAACUCUUGAGCGUUGAGAAGACCGCUACUUGCACACCAUGACUCCAGACGAGAUACUCACACUGGCUGUCAAGGUGUACUACCCUGCAAUCGUGAUCUUCGGCUUACCUGCAAACGCCCUGACGCUGUACAUCCUGAUCCGGCGGCGGCGCCAGCGGCCCAGCGAGGCGAAGACCACCCCGGGACUGUACCUGAUCGCGCUGGCCGUGGCGGACUCUCUCGUCCUCAUCUUCAUCGUCUUCAUAGAAACGGUUGUCCAUUUCGUGAUCCUGGACCGUCGGGUUUCCUUCGGCGGGUUCUGUCCGUUCCUGAUAACGUUAGACUACGGCGCGCACAACGCCUCUAUCUGGAUUAUAGUGGUCUACACGGUGGAGAGGUUUAUCGGAGUCUACUUACCCAUCUGGAAGUACAAGGUGAGCAACCCGCGGACGGCCAAGCUGACGAUAGCCGGUGUGUACGUGUGCUCCUAUGUGCUCGCCCUCCCCCACUUCUUCGCGGAAGCCCCCACUGCAGUACAGGACGGCAACAUGACGAUCUACCGCUGCGGUGAAGUCGAGAACUUGUCGGCAGAUUACCGUCUUGGGUUGAUCUGGGGACAGAGUGCUUUAUCCUACUUAAUCCCGUACCUAGUCAUCAUUGUAUUCAACGGGAUGAUUAUAUACAAAUUGCGGAACAUGAGAAAGAUUGGGCCGGGGAUCGUUCGGCAGAUGUCUGAGGUAACGGCCACUGCGGUGUCCACCUCCAUACAGCCCCGUGCUGAAACGUCCGAUUCGAAUUCUCCUCAGCCUACUUUUCUACAAAAGAGGAUAAAAGAGGAGAUGGAAGCGGCUGCACAAAAGGCGGGAAAAUCAGAAGGCGUCAACUCUCGCGACAACUCUCGCGUGACUACACGUGUCGAGAUUCACCCUCGCCCUCUGUCUGCGUCGUCAGACAAUCAAGACAGCAGUACUGAUGGAGAUCGCAAGGAGACGCUUGCUCCUGUGGAAACAACGUCACCACCACGCGCAGCAGCAUCUGACGUCAGCAACACAGCCGCAACAGAGCCAGCGCCGGAAUCUCGCCCUUUCUCGCCCAUGCUCCCGCGAGGAAAGGCGAGACCAGAUUCUCUCAGAGCGCGGGUGCUGAAAAAGGCCUCCACCCAAAAACCGGCCACUCGCUCCAAAAACAAACCCGUAGUCGUCCUCAUCACUAUCAGUGCUAUGUUCGUGCUCUUGUGGUUCCCUCGCCUGGUCACCUUCUUGAUGGCGCGGACAAACAACGUUGACAGAUUUGACGACUUUUCCUAUCGCGUGGCUCUGGAGGUCUCCAGUAUGCUGGGUGUGCUGAACUCGGCCAUCAACGUGUUUCUGUACGCUUAUGCCGACAGCCGUUUCCGAAACGAUCUGGUCUCAAUCCUAACGUGUGGUAGAAGGUAAACCACAAAAGGUAGCAGUGUACAAACGUUUUCAUGAUUGCCAGAUUGUCCAUUGUCUGGUGAAACGCAAAGUCUGCGAGUAUAAACGCGGUUCAUUCAGGCCACGUUGCUGAAAUCAGCCAUCAACGUGUUUCUGUACGCUUAUGCCGCGCCGACAGUCAGUUCCGAAACGAUCUGGUCUCAAUCCUAACGUGUGGUAGAAAAUAAACCACAACAAGUAACAGGGUGCAAACGUUUCCAUGAUAGCCAAAUUGUCCAUAGUCUCAUGAAACGCAAACUCUGCGAGUAUAAACGCGGUUUAUUCAGGCCAGGUUGCUGAACUCAGCCAACGUGUUUCUGUACGCGUAUGCCCACAGCCGUUUUCGUAACGAUCUGGUCUCAAUCCUAACGUGUGGUAGAAAAUGAACCAGAACAAGUAACAGUACUAGUGUUCAAACGCGUCUUUAUUGCCCGACUGUCCAUACUUCGUGAAACGCAAACUCUGUGGCUGUAACACCGUGCCGGCAAUGUUAAGUUUAAGUUAGAGUUGGCGCCCAUUUCCAUUUA